AUGGUAAUUAAUGGCUGUUCAACCGAAAUUCAAUAUUCAUCUGUAUCAGAACAAAAUCUUGGAGAUGAUGAUAAUGAUCAGCUAAUAAGUGAUCAAGAUGCUAAAAUUACAAAUGUUAGUUCUCUAGCAUUAAAUUCAUUAUCUGCAAUGGAUGUAGAUCCAUCGACUAUUAUUAGAAAUAUUGAUCAUAGUAUUCAAAUUACGCAAGAUACUGGAAAUGAAAAAUCAUUAUUACCAUUGGAUUAAGCAACUGAUCGUUUAACAAGUAUCGAAACUACAAUCAAGAAUCUAAUUAGAUAUAUCAACCGUCUGGGUGAAGACAUUACUUCUAUAUCUUCUCAGUUGAAACCAUUAUCACACACUAUCAUGGCUAUUCAAAACCAUAUUGUAGGAAAAGCUUCAACUGAUGUGGAAAUUUUGUCUUCCAGUUUGCAAAGUUUAACUGCUACGUCACCAUCAGCUACAUUGCCAUCAAAAAAAGUUUUAUUUACUCUAGUUGUUGCUGACUAG